CAGAUCUAAGAAGCUGAUACGGGCCGAGGGGGAACAUAGGCCCAGGGGUGUAGAGACCGCGCUUCGGUAUCUGUCAGCAGUGAAGAGGACACUAGUCAGGGCCCCUCCGGAAGCACGUGAUUGAAAAGGUCCAUCCCUCAUCUCCCCCCCUGCCCCAGCAAAUUGUUGCAUUCCUGAUCCAGAACUGACGGUGUCCGGGUCACUGACGGUGUCCGGGUCUCGCAGGCGUGAAGUGUCAGCGGAUCUGCCCUGGGGUUUAUGGCGGCGCCGGUCCGCUUGGGCCGGAAACGCCCGCUGCCGGCUUGCCCCAACCCGCUCUUUGUACGCUGGCUGACCGAGUGGAGGGACGCGGCAGCCAGCAGAGGGCGCCGCACGCGCUUCGUGUUUCAGAAGGCACUGUGCUCCCUUCGGCGGUAUCCGCUGCCCCUGCACAGCGGGAAGGAAGCUAAGAUCCUCCAGCACUUUGGAGACGGGCUCUGCCGAAUGCUGGACGAGCGAUUACAGCAGCACCGAGCAUCAGAUGGUGACCAUGCUUCUGGCUCACCAUCUGGAGAGAAGAGCCCGACCCUGGAAAAGUCACCUGCCAAAGAUCAAGACUCUUCUAUGCCAGUGAGGAGAGGAAAGGGGAGUGAAAGCAAAGUUCCUGUCCAGUCCCAAACAGGAAGUUCUAGUGGCUACUGGCCAGCUCGAAACUCAGGAGCCCGAGUGGUCCUGCUGCAGCUCUACUGGGAGCACCUGAAUCCUGAUGGUAACAGCUUUUUAACCAAGGCAGAGCUGCUACAGAGGUGUGCCCAGAAGGACCCCAGGAUAGCCCCUCAGAGUUCUCAGUCCUGGCCAGCCCUUCGUUCUCUCCUGCAGAGGAACCUGGUCCUCAGAACACAUCAGCCGGCCAGGUACUCACUGACCCCAGAGGGCCUGGAGCUGGCCCAGAAGCUGGUUGAGUCUGAAGGCCUGGGCUUGCUGAAUGUGGGCACUGGGCCCAAGGAGCUCCCUGGGGAGAAGCCAGCACUGCCAGAAGCAGCCUUGGCUGAGCCUGGCGCCAGUGAAGUGGGUGUCCAGCAGCCCCUGCUGGAGCUGGGGCCUGCAGAGUACAGGGUACUGUUGUGUGUGGACAUUGGAGAGACCAGGGGCGUGGGACACAGGCCAGAGGUACUCCGAGAGCUGCAGCGGCUCCACGUGAACCACAUAGUGCGGAAGCUACAUGUUGGCGACUUUGUGUGGGUGGCACAGGAGACCAGGCCCAAAGACCCAGCAAGACCUGCAGAGUUAGUGCUGGACUACAUCGUAGAACGCAAGCGUCUGGAUGACCUAUGUAGCAGCAUCAUUGAUGGCCGUUUCCGGGAACAGAAGUUUCGACUGAAGCGCUGUGGCCUGGGGCACCGGGUAUACCUGGUAGAAGAACAUGGCUCAGUCCACAACCUCAGCCUCCCGGAGAGCACACUGCUGCAGGCUGUCACCAAUACCCAGGUCAUUGAUGGGUUCUUUGUGAAGCGCACAGCAGACAUUAAGGAGUCAGCAGCCUACCUGGCUCUUCUGACCCGGGGCCUGGAGAGACUUUACCAGGGCCACACCCUUCGCAGCCGUCCCUGGGGAAUCCCAGGGGACCCCGAAUCAGGAACCAAGCCCUCCCCAAACCCUCUCUGCUCACUUCUCACCUUCGGUGACUUCAACUCUGGAGCCAUCAAGAAUAAGGCCCAGUCUGUGCGAGAGGUGUUUGCCCGGCAGCUGAUGCAGGUGGGUGGAGUGAGUGGAGAGAAGGCGGCAGCCCUGGUGGACCGAUAUAGCACCCCUGCCAGCUCCCACGGUGCUGGCCCAGAUGGUCAGCUGUUCUAUUCCCCACUCCCAGCCUCUUGGCUGCUUAUGAUGCCUGUGCCACCCCCAAGGAGCAGGAGAUGCUGCUGAGUACCAUCAAGUGUGGGCAUCUGCAGAGGAAUCUGGGGCCAGCUCUAAGUAGGACCCUGUCCCAGCUGUACUGCAGCUAUAGCCCCCUGACCUGAGCUAUGCUACGAAACAGAUCCCAGCCCCCUAAACCUCUCUACCCAGGUUAGCCAGCCUUUUAAACGGAACUUUUUUUUUUGGACUACAAUAAAAAUGGAAAUGUUUUCA